CUUAAAAUUAUUUGGUUCAACUCAAAAUUCGAUUUAGUUACAAAAAGUAUUGCUAAUUAUAAUGCAUCAUAUACAGAUGAUACAGAUAAUAUUUAUGCGGCGUUAAAUUUUUCUAAUAAUGUUACAAUUACCAGUGACUCUGCUUUUAUAUCUAAAAUACCGAUUACUGUAAUAUAUGUUUUAAUAUUUAUAAGUGGUUUAUUAGGAAACGUAAUUACAUGCGUUGUAAUUUCCCGCAAUCGGUCUAUGCACACAGCAACCAACUAUUACUUGUUUAGUUUGGCGGUUUCUGAUUUACUAGUUUUAAUUGCUGGUUUACCUGUUGAGAUGUACAUAACUUGGAAGGGCUUGAAUAUGUAUCCAUUUAGUCCUGCUGUUUGCAUUAUACAAAGCUGGAUUUGUGAAGUCAGUGCCAAUGCAAGUGUUUUGACGAUCACAGCUUUUACAAUUGAACGCUAUGUUGCUAUUUGUAAGCCAUUUCUUUCUCAUACGAUGUCCAAGUUAUCAAGGGCAGUUAAAUUUAUUCUUAUAAUUUGGGCAGUUGCAGUGUGUUUAGCUAUACCAGCGGCAAUGGAAUUAGGAAUAGUCGACAGAGGAUCUCACGAACGAUUUUGUACUGUUGUGAAUUCAAAAAGUGCUGCUAAUACCUUUACUUUAUCGGUUAUAAUCAUAUUUAUAUUUCCUAUGGUAGUCAUAACAAUUUUGUAUAUUCUGAUUGGUUUGCAACUCAGACGUUCAAACAUUGUUAACAGAGGUCCUUCUAGCAGCAGUGUAAGAUUAAAGCACCGUGUUUUUAAAAAACGUGCCCAAAAAACGAUUGUACAAGUGGACGUACAAAAUGAUAUCAUGCUACCCUUCCAUGAGACACAUAAUAUAUGUAUAAAUGAAAAUGUUGUUGUAUCGCCUGAAAAUGGACGAAUUAAUUUUUCAAAUAGAGCUACAAACCAUGGAACCCGCCAUGUUGUAAAUAUGUUAGUGGCUGUUGUGGUUACAUUUUUCUUUUGUUGGGGCCUGUUUCAUUUACAAAGACUUUUUGCCGUUUACUAUAGUCCCGAUGGACUGCAAACAUAUUCGAAGUUCACAGAAAAUCUUUACUGGCUUUCAGGAAUAUUUUAUUACUUUUCGACAUGUGUAAACCCUUUCUUGUACAAUAUAAUGUCCCACAAAUUUCGAUCAGCAUUCAAGGAUACAAUCGCCCAGUAUGUUUAUCGCGGAGAUGAGCAACAUCAACCAAAAAAAUGUUAUUGUCACAGUUCAUCUCAACGUUCCACUUCAUUGCAUUCUCAAUCACUAAACACAUGUUCGUCUAUUGUUUCAUCAAAUCAACAGCAACCAUUAAAACAAAUACACUAUAAAGAUAUAGAUUUAGUAAAGGUUAAACGACCAUUUAUUGUAUCUUUUCGGAAAAUUCCAUGCAGCACAAGCAUAUCACAUAAUGAUCCUAUCAGUUCGAUAAACCUUUCUCAAAAAGUAGAUUCUGAACUUGAAUGUGAUUACAAGAAAAUAAUUAACUCUGUGAAGUUUUCCCUGAAAGAAAAUCAUCAUUAUACUUAUCUUAACGGGGAAACUUUAGACUUCGAGGUCCAAAAUAGUAAAUCGAAACUUAGUCACAGACUGAUCAAAUGUUUUGAUUCGCAGACUGCCCAAAAAGACUUUUUUAAUUGCAUGGAUUUAAGCCGAAUGAGCACAAAUGAUUUUCCAUUCAAUAACAGUCUCACAUUGAUGAAUGAUUCAAAAAAACUUGAAGAUAAUCUAAACUUGAUAUUGAAACAACUCGUAUUUAAAAAUGAAACAUUGAAUGGACAAGUAAUGCGCACUGGAAAACGCAAUAGCAAAAUUCACUUUUUAACAAAAAGUAAAAGUUUACCAUGUUUCACAAUAGAUCCACAAAAAUAAUACAUAUAAUUUUAA